AUGAGAUUCUCUGCCAUCCUUCUCCUUGCAGAAGCAGUUAGCGCUGUCGUCAUUAAUUCCAACACCAUUGUGUCUGCCGAUUAUCCCACAGCAGAUAUUACGGUAAAUCUGGGUGUAUUCUAUACUAUCAUCAAUCCAGUUGGUCAAUUUACUGGAUCAUUGAACAUCGCAGGAGAGCUCUUUUUCGUGGCCGCGGGACUGACAUACGCUGGUCAGGGCUUCUUGUUCCAGCUUGGAUCUUUAUCGAACACAGGUACCACUGUUUUCAACAACCUUGCAAACUCGAAGCCGAUUGCUAUUGCUGUCAAUUCUGCCCUGUUUCUGAACUCUGGAUUCAUGUUUAUGGUCGCCGACACUUCCGCUCCAGGAACUCAUGCCUACUCGAUCGGAUCAACUGGAAAUUGGCAAAAUUCCGGAACAAUUGUUGUCUCGGGUUCAUCCACUGUUGUGCAGUCAACUUUUGUUGUCGCAGCUUCACCUUUCGCAGAAAACUCUGGAGCGAUCUGUUUAAAUAACGCAGUCUUCUACCCAGGACUGGUGAACGUGAAUGGCGGUGGCUGCAUCAAUGUAGGAGCUGGGGGACAGCUCAACAUUGACGAUGGAAGUUUGUUCACUCAAACCAUCUACAUGUCUGACAGAACCUCUGUUGUUUCAAUUACUCCAACUUCCAACGCAUGCAAGUUCUCUAUUGGAGGCUUUACCGGGACCAACUCCAUUUAUAUUCAGGGAAACAACCCAGUAGUUUUUGUUCAGCCUUAUAACUUCGCCACAGUCUUGACUGUAUCUACCAGUUCUCUUUCUUGUACUUUCUCGCUUCUUGGAGUAUAUCAAGGUCCAUUUACUAUUCGAGGCAGUAGCCUAAUUUUUUGGGGGAUUCCCCCCUCAUUUACCGUCCCAUCGACUUGCUCAUGUCCUAGUUCCAUUCCUUUAUCUCCAAAUGUUGUAGUAACCACGACCGUGUUCUGGACGGGAUCAGUAACAGAAACUGCAACCAGUACCGGGGCUACUCUUGCAACAGAUUUUGUUAAUGUUCAAGUUCCCGUGCCUACCACCACUGUUUCCACCACAGUAUUUAAUAUUACAGGGGCUAUCACAACCACCAUCACAGGGCUUACACAAAACACUGUGCUUGUUGAAGAACCUAGUCCUACUACCACCAUCACUACAACUGUGACAUCUCUCACUGCCACUACCACUACUACAGUUGCCGGUCCUUCUACAGUGACGGUCGUGGUUGAAGUUCCGAUCCCUGUAAGUACAGUCACAUCCACGACAGGUACUUCGAGUGCAACUACAACUUCUAGUGGCGGGGCAUCUAACACAGGUGUCAGUUCUGUGAUUACAUCAUCAGGGUCAAACACUGGCGGAAAUAUUGGCUCGUCUGGUUCUGUUUCUAGUUCGACUUCUAGUUCGACUUCGACUUCUACUUCUACUUCAAAUUCUAAUUCUAGCUUUAGCACUGUUAGUUCCACUUCUUCUCGGAAAUCUGGGGCCGACAAAUCCACAGCUUCUUUAGUUAUGCUUCUCCUCCUGCUACUCGGGAUCUAA